CAGCCGCACACGGAUCAUCCGCUCAUUUUGGAGGAGGAAGCUCAGCCUCACACACCCUGAGGUCGGUGGGAGCAGCGUGUUCAUCGUGGAAGGAAACACUUUAUGGAGAAAAUUUGAAUAUGAAGCUCAUCAGAUCGUUUUUGCACCAGAAGCCACAUUCCUUUUGAGCUGUGGGAUUAGGAUGAAAGUUGCAUUGUGUGAAUCAGAAUUUUACACGUGUGUAAACAGAUCCGAGCCAGGAUGUGAGGGACACGCAGUUUAAAAACUAAACUCAGAUUCCAGCUCAAACGAUGCUUUCAGUCUGGAUUUUCCUCCUAUUCCUCGAGGAGGGAUUUUCUCUUGCACAAAAGAUUAAAGAUGGAGGUACAGGAUCAAAGGGGGAGAAACCCCCAGAGCAAUCUCAGGAACCUCGUCACUGUGGAACCUGGGUUCGGAAAACAGACGGUGGAAGCUUCAGCUCCCCAAACUUCCCGAACACGUACCCUCCUAACAAGGAGUGCCUGUACGUACUGGAAGCCCUGCCCCGUCAGAGGAUAGAGCUGCUGUUCAACAAAGUCUUCCACAUCGAAUCCUCAUUCGAGUGCCGCUUCGACCACAUCGAGGUGAGGGACGGCCCCUUCAGCAUCUCGCCUCUGAUCAGUCGCUACUGUGGCACCAGCAGUCCGGGCCUUGUCCUCUCCAGCGGGCGCUUCCUGUGGAUCCGCUUCUACAGUGACGAUGAGCUGGAGGGGAUGGGCUUCCAGAUCCAGUACAAGUUCACAGCAGUGUCUGUUUCUGUCAUUUUCUCCAAAGACCCUGAAUUUCAUCUGCACACGGGGGGACUUUUAAACCCCAUCCCAGAUUGUCAGUUUGACCUAACAGGAAAUGAUGGCCUGAUUCGCUCCGGUCAGGUGGAGGAGGAGAAUAAAGUGAAGCCAGAGCAGGCAGUGGACUGCAUCUGGACUAUCCGUGCCCCAGAAAAGACGAGGAUUUAUUUGAGAUUCCUUGAAUACCAGAUGGAAAACUCAAAUGAAUGCAAGAAGAACUUUGUGGCUGUUUAUGAUGGCAGCAGUGCCAUCGAAGACUUAAAGUCCAAGUUUUGUAGUACUGUUGCUAAUGACAUCAUGCUGGACACCAGCUUUGGGGUCGUGAGGAUGUGGGCUGAUGAGACAAGCCGUCUAAGUCGUUUCCGGAUGCUCUACACCAUUUUUUCUGACCCGCCCUGCACGGGCAGUGCAUUCUUUUGCCACAGCAACAUGUGCAUCAACAGUUCUCUGGUAUGCAACGGCGUGCAAAAUUGCGUCUUUCCCUGGGACGAAAGCAACUGCAAAGAGAAAAAGAACAAAGGUCUUUUUGUCCAUAUCACCAAGACGCAGGGAACAAUAAUAUGUGCUUCCACUGGGGUGGUGCUGUUGCUUCUCAUUUUCUCCAUUUUAGUGCAAGUCAAACAGCCACGUAAAAAGGUGGUUAUCCGUAAGAGCAAACUGUUCCAGCAUGCUGACCUGCAGAGUGUGUUUGACCCUCCACACUAUGAGCUCUUGGCUCUCAGAGACAAGGAAAUGUCCGGGGACCUUAGAGAGUUAACGGAGGAACUCCAGUCCUUGCAGGCAUUUCGGAGAUCUUCCUCAACAUCACGCUGUGUUCAUGAGCACCACUGUGGCUCACAGGCCUCUGUGAGCUCCAUCAAAGCCAGUCACAGCGCUUAUGUCCUGGGCAAGGGGUCCAUGGAGUUUGCUUCCUUUGGGGGAGACUGCCAGAACACCAUGCCUCCCUUCAGAGACUUCAGCAGUUUACGUAAGAAAAGUUGGCCUAGCGUAAAACAAAGCAGAGGGCAGGGCUAUCCUAGUGCAGGGGAUAGGGUCCUGUGGCAUCAGGACAGAGUCAUGGAGGAGGAAGAGGAAGAGGAGGAAAACGGAAGGUAUGAUCUGUAUGUGCGAAGAGCAGGAGGUCGAAGAGGCAAAUAUGAUAUGGCUCAGCAAAGAUCUUUGUCCAUGGACUUUUGAAAGCGAACAGCUGGUUUUGCCCAAUACAUACACUGCAGCAACUUUGAGAUAAAACUCAGAAAAAGAAAACAGUACAUUCAUUAAUUUCACCUGGAUAAAAAAACGCAUUAUCAGCAUGCCUUCUGAAACUUAAAGGACCUCAACUUACUAUGCCGUCAUGCAGGCACUGAAGAGGCCUCCAGGAAGCUUCACAUUCAUGAUGAACAUGUGGAAAAGAGAAAUAAUGCUGAUUUGUUUUGUUCUUCUUGCUCAUGUAGUUUGUUAAAUGCAUAUUAACUAUUUAGCAGAAAGAGUUAGUUGAGCUAUGUUAAUGUAUGUGUUCAACAUUGACACAUUCUGUGAACUUGGGAAGGAUCUUGUUGCCUUUGAUUUACAGUCAGUUUUAACCUCUUAGUAGGGAAGUGUGUGUGGAUUUAGAAUCUUCUGACAGGUGUGUGUUUCACUUGUAAUAGUCGGAAUUUCCCUCACAAAGCUUUUACAAUGGGGUGCUCUAUGAUCCACAACCUUAUCUGAUAAAGUAAACUUGGUUCCAGUUUUUACUGUAGUCAAAAAGUGUUGUGUUGCCCAGUGCUUUAACACACAAGUAUAGAUUAUACAUUUUACAGAGGACAAUUACAGAACCAUCAAAGUGUCAGAUCUCCAGUGAAAACCUGCCAACAAAGGUUUGUUAGAUCAGAACAAACUUUUGAUCAGAUUGUUGUCCCUGUGAUUUUUCAAUAUAAACUGGAAAAGGUACAAAAACACCACUAAUCUAAGUGACUAUAUAAAUGUAUGAAAUUGUGGACCCUGCACAGCAUUUAAAAAGCUUUUGUUUUUAAUUGGUAAGCUUUUGGGUUCAUAUGUCAAACUCGGUAGACGGAACAAGAUUGCAUCAACAGAUACUUUUUCAGCUUUGUUUGGGUAUUUUUGCCACCUGCCUUUGUUUUUUUUUUUACACCAUUUUGAUAUGCCUAAGAAUAAACUAUGCAACAAAAAACUAUGGCUUUGAGUA